CUGCGACAGAGAGCCAUGAGCCACUCCAGACACAUGGGCAAGAUAAGGAAAAGGCUGGAGGAUAUCAAGAACCAGUCCCAGAAGCUGACAAAAGCGGAUUUCAGCCACAACGAAAGCAUAAGGUUGGCCACCGACGCCUUCCUGGACGGUGGGACAGACUCUUACCUCCAAACUUUAAGCAAAGAAGGCGAGGUGGAUUUCCUCUCCUCAGUGGAAGCUCAGUAUAUAAAGGAUAACACCAGGGAGUCCUAUUAUGCGCAGGAGUCCCUGGCUGCCGACGGGGCGACUGCACCAAAGCAGAACGAUACCGGGUCACUCCCUUCAGGGACCUACUUCCCCACCAUUUCUGACAGCAGUGAGCCAGCUCUGCUGCACACAUGGAUUACAGCAGAGAAGCCCUAUUUAAAGGAAAAAUCCACUGCUACUGUGUAUUUCCAAACAGAGAAGAACAGCAACAUUAGAGACAUCAUACGCCGGUACAUCAACAAGACCACUCAGGUGCUAGCUAUCGUGAUGGAUGUGUUCACAGACACUGAGAUUCUUUGUGACCUCCUGGAGGCAGCUAACAAGCGCAUGGUGUUUGUCUACCUGUUACUCGAUCAUGGCAAUAUAAAUCUCUUCUCGGAGAUGUGCGACAAGUUGCAAAUUGCUGAGGAUCUCUUCAAGAAUAUUUCAGUCCGCAGUGUUACUGGAGAGGUUUACUGUGCCAAAUCAGGCAGGAAAUUUUCAGGACAAAUACAGGAAAAAUUUCUUAUCUCUGACUGGAGAUAUGUGCUCUCUGGAUCUUACAGCUUCACAUGGUUAUGCGGCCAGGUUCACCGCAACCUCCUCUCCAAGUUCACGGGUCAAGUUGUGGAGCUGUUUGAUGAAGAGUUCCGACACCUUUACGCACUGUCCAAGCCUGUGAGGGGACCAAAGUCUCCACCACGUACCAUGCCCUUCCUGUUCAGCAGGAGCUGGGCUCCCCAGCGCAGCCUUCCCUACAGCAACGAGGAAAGUGCUAACACUCUUUCUGAUCCCUUCAGCAGCCUCUCAGCCGGCAGCACCCACCAGACCAAGCAAACCCCAAGAACUCUCAUAUUCAGCAGCAACUUCACCCCCCAGUCACCUCUCCAUAGAGUUAAUUCCUUCCACAGCUAUGUCUCAUUCACAGCCCCACCACCACAGAAGGCCAUCCAGGCUAACUACUAUCAGCCACACUAUGUGGCCGAUAACUCCGCAGUUCUGUACAACAACAUGAACAUUUACAGACCUAUAAGACUCAGACAAGAGGAACCAAACAGGACAGGGUUAAGCUCACCCUGGAGAUGCCUCCACAAAGCUAACCUGUUUGCAUAAUAACCACCUUGUUUUGAAUUGCAAGUAAAUGUAGCGAGGACCUGUUUAGCAAUCGCUUGUGUACUGAUGAAUAUAGAAAUUCUGUAUAAUACAAAAUGAGGAUGAUUUCAAGCCUCUUGUUUUGUUUUGCUGCUUAUGGAUGCUUCGUUUCCCUAAUUAAAAAGCCAAGCCUGCUAACAUGUAAACCUUGAGUGCAUCAUGAUUCCAGGAAGAAUGCAUCUAAAUAAUGCUGCUCACAGUGCAACACUGCUGCUGCCUAUCACCUGCCCUUGGUAGCAUAUUUGUGUAGCAGUAGAUUUAGGUGGUUAACUGUUUUUCAUACGGCCAGGCACCUGAAAGUGGGGUAAGUCACAGUUUAUUACUAUGCAUUUUAUGCACUUGCAUAAGGGGACUGAAGGCUGCUAUUUAUGUGCCAAACUGAGGCGAUGCUGGCAGCAGCAGUCUACCUUCAUGCUGUUAUCGCACCUUAAUCGUGAUUUAGGAGGACUCCUUUAGGGCUGACGGGGAAGCACAGUUUCUACCACUGCACUGUCUCAGAGCUGUCUGCUUGAGGUGCACAGCAAGGACAUCUGUUCCCAAGGUUUCUCGGAAGGGACCUGCUAACCAUGACAUGGACUGAGACCGACAAUUCAGGUUAUGGAGGACAUCUUGCAGCCACCGUAUACUCACUUCCACUCAUUAGCAACAUGGGUGCCUUCCAGCACACUUUGUUACAAACCUCCGAUCCCACCAGCUCAGAGCAAUUUUCCUUACUGCAGAGCAGCCGUGUAGAUUCAGACUGGAAAAUGAAGCUGAGUAAAGAAGCAAAGUCCUACUAUUAACACACCAGGACUGAGUUCCAAUUCAUUUAAUAGCAUGUGGAUCUUAGAAAUUCUCUCAGUGGACAUUUGAUUGAACGUUAAGUUAGAGAUAACGAUGCUGUAUUUCAGAAGUAUUUCAGAGUUCUUCAAGGUUUCUAAUUUUUAAAGAGAAACUCGGUGUCUGUAGUGGCUGUCGAAUACAGUUACAGAGGGAGUUACAGAGGUUCAGCAGCUUGAACCAAAACACAAAGACUUUCUGCCAAAUAAUCCAUGAAAACGAAGGAAACUUCUGUAAGUGAAAGGCAAAAAUUACUAAGAAAAUUCAUGAAAUGAAGGAUUUCCAUCCAAAUCCCAAAGUUACUAGAUGCCUAACAUCUACUGAUUUAUCAUUAGAUUAUUUUUUUUACACCUGCUUUAUAUCAUCUUUCAUCUGACACCAACAGAAAACAGAAAUCUAAACACAUCUGCUCAUCUGGUCCAUUUUGCCUGACUUCUCACCUGCUCUAAAAGGAAUACAAUUUAAUUAUUUAGGCUGUGGAUUAUGAAAAUUGUAUACAGAGCAAGAUCUCAGGUGAGGAAAGCUCAUCCUUGGAAGAGCUAUCAUUUUGAAAGUAUACUGGUAAAGUUCACAGAACAUUGUGAAAGGUACAGGAUGGACACAUCCUGCUCUAGCUUUGGUGUGGCCAUUUUUACCUGUGAUCCCAAAUUUUGGAGUCCAGAAUAACAAUAAACUGUUGCAUAUAAUUGUAAAUUCUGUACAUAGUGACAUUUUUCGGAUUCCUUGGGAAGAAGGGAAAGAUGAUUUUCAUUCCUAUGACAAUUCUACUUAAUUAUCUAAAUAUGGCAACCAUUCAAAUAAAAGAGAAGAAUUUCAUUAAAAUCCUUUUGAGAAUCAUUUUGUUUUUUCAUAUUGUCUUGAUUUGUGCACCUUAAGUCUCUUCUCUUCCAAAAGCUAAAUGAAUUCCAUACAGUCAGAGCCCAGGUGAAGAGGAAACACAUUUUGUUUCUUCUGAAAUCAACAGGAACAGAAUUAAACAUACAUGUCCCCCCAGCCUAAUAAAGAUUUUUCUUCUAAAUUUGAUUCAGUUCCCUGAUCCUGUUGUGGCCCAACUGCAUGUGGCACAGAGGGGGGGCUCUGGGGAGAAGUUCGUAGACCACUGCCUCUGAAGCCUUCAUUUCCUCAGGCCAUGACCCAUGAAAUCCAUGAAGGAGCUCUUCUCAUCUCUGUGGGGCAAGGUAGUUUGCCUACAGAAGUUUUGGAGAACACAGCUAAUGAGACGUCGGUAAGGGACAAGCUAAUAACCCAGGAGUACUGUGAGUUAAGAUGAGCUGAUUUCAGCCCUGGAUCAGGGACACAGCUUGUGCUAGUUCAAACAACAGCUGAACUUGAACAUCAAAUGAAUGGAAUUUCAGUUUUGAUGGAAAACAGAGUUUACCAUUUCAGCAAUGAGUUACACCAAAAAUCCUAACAGGCCCUCACAAGCUUGAUCACUCAGUGGUGAGGGGAACAUGUGGAUACAGGCAGCUGCAGAAACUACCUGUCAGGAGGUCACCCCAGGAUGCUGACAUACCUCAUCUACCUGCUGCAAGGGAAGGGCUCGAAUAAGCACUGCUACCACACAAUGCACCCUCAGCAAGUUUGCAGAUGACACCAAGCUGAGUGGUGCAGUUGAUUCACUUGAGGGAUGGGA